AUGUCGACAGUGAAAGGAAUUGGAAGCUUCGGCAGUACAGCCCUUUUAGUUUCAUCAAUGACUGGGCCAGGACUAUCUACCAUUCCAAUAACAUUUCAACAGUCAGGUUGGGUAGCGCCUGUUUUCAUUUUUUGCAUCGUUGCCUUAUUGUCAGGUUGCUCAGCAUUAUUUGUCUGCGAAGCUUUAUCCAACAUUCGAGGAAAUGAGAAGUUUCAGGCAAAAGUGGAGUUGACUACUAUCGCCCAGGUGUAUCUAGGUAGAAAAUAUCACUAUGUCUUCCAACUGUUACUGUUCUUAGCGCUACAGUCUGUCAAUGUAGCCAGUAUCAUUAUAGCAGCACAGACAUUCGAUAGUAUGUUAAUUACCUUGUUCAAAGGUACAUGCGGAUUAGGUAUCAGCCCUGGUGGCUGGUUUUGUGUCAGUGCGUCUGAUGGCCUUACCGGCAACUCUCCUUUCCCUGAUAGCGAUUACUAUAUCUUCACUUUUGGUUUUGCAUUAGCGGCUGCCAUUGUCAUUCCUCUAGGUUUCUUUAGUUUAGUAGAGAAUAUUUUUGUUCAGAUGAUCUCUUUUAUCGUUUUAACGGCUAUUUUGAUACAAUGGGUUGUUGCAUUCGGUCAAGAAGGAUUAGAUACUUCACUGUUACCUGCUAGUGGACCCAAUGCCACUAUGGUGUUAGGAAUUGUUAUAUUCAACUAUAGUUAUAUCACAACAAUCCCAUCUUGGGUGAAUAGUUUAAAGCCAGGAGUGAAUAUUCACAAGUGUAUGUGGGUUUCUGUUUUCAUAUCAACCAUUUUUUAUCUUGUUUUGGGCAUUUGUGGUGCUAUGGCAUAUAAAAUGGACCCUUCUAGUGAAAUUUUAACGGUACUCAGUACACAGGGGUCUGUUGCUUCAAAAGUCACAGCAUACAUAUUUCCAGUAUGUGCUUUGAUCACUUCCAUUCCGGUCUUUGCAAUUGUAAUCCGCUCGAACCUAUUGCGAGGUGAAAUAUGUAGUCCUGCAUGGGCAACAUUUUGGUCGAACUUAUUUCCAUGGUUUAUUUGCAUACCAUUGCAAACAAAGAGUUAUGUCGGUGUUAUUCAAAACUGGAGUAGCUUAUUCUUUCAGUCGACUGUCAAUUAUAUCUUGCCUUUCAUUCUAUACUUUGUAUCACGAAAGUAUGUUGCUUCAGUUGAGCCUAUCGAAGAUUUAAACGACCAAGCUACUCAGCUCGAAGAUCAUCUGCCUCAAAUCAAUGAAAAGUCUCCAUCCAUUAAUCAACAACACCACUCUCCCACAUUUCCUCACUCACCUGUUUUGAUGAAUCCGGAUAAUAAUGAUGUACGUAUGUUCAAUCCUGAUGACAAUUAUUCCAUCUCCAUUCGGCGUUCCAGUAUUAGGCCUUCCUAUCACAGUCAAAUGGAACAAUCUAUCAUCAGCCAAUAUUCACCAAAUAUGAAUGUAUACCGUAACGACCCUAAACAGAAAAUACCACCUACUAUUGUCUACAAUAGCGAAAUUGCUGGCAUUGAGAACGGUUUUACAGAACAGCAAUUACCAAACAAGAGUAACCUUGACUCUUCAAUUUAUCCCAACAGUUUGAAUGUUCCUUCUUCCCCUCGUUUCACAGCAACAGUAGGCCAACAACAACAACAACCAUUGCAACGAUCCCCUAAUCUAGCAAUAGGCAGCAACAACGGUACAAUGGGUGGAUUGGGCAUUUCUGGUCCCGCCACAACAGCCAAUACUACUACACCACUCAAUGACCAGCAGCAGCAGCAGCACAAUAACAACAGCAAGUUUUGUCAUACGAAUAGCUUAGCACCUCCCAAUAAACACUCUUCUGUCGCUCCUGGUUCACCAGAAAUAAGUCAAGCCGCUGCUCCUGUUAAUGUAAAGGCAUCACCACGAAUGACUUCAGCAAUUACCCCAGCUAACAACAACAAUGUCUCUUCUAUGCUAGCAAGUGUAUUCUCAUUUAAAUCAUCGGUUGUUUCUCCUAUUGUCGUCCCACCUGAAGGUACUAAUACUGCUUCUGUUAUGGCAGACAUGUCUAAGACUGAAGGUGAACUGAUCAUGACACCUGAAGAAUUGCAGCAUGAAAAAGACCGCUUUAUUGCUUUCCACCCAAAGCGAUGGUUAAAUCCUUUUUAUUUGGCUAUUGUGUGCUGUAGUGCAUUGUCUAUUUCCAUUUUGUUUAUGAUCAUCUACGAUUUGACAUUGGCUGGUAUGGGCUAUAACGUGUUCGAUUAG